GUGAUGAAAGUCAAGCCACGAUCGUGGGCAAGAAGCCGCACCUGGCGCUCCUCACCGGCGGCUCGUCUGCUACUGCCGUGUUCCUAUUCAACGAUCUGCUGGUGAUAACGAAGAUCUUCAGCAAGAAGAAAUCGUCGGUGACGUACACGUUCCGUCAAUCGUUCCCGCUGUGCGGCAUGCUGAUUACCCAUUCGGUAUUCGGCUAUCGCGGCGCGUGGACGGCCGCCGCCUCGCCACCUUCAACGCGCAACGAACACGACCGCUGCAAGUUCGCCGAGGACCUGCGCGAGAGCAUCGCCGAGAUGGACGAGAUGGAGGCGAUGAGGAUCGAGGCUGAGCUGAAUAGGGGCAAGGGGAGGAACGCACCGGCCUCCUCCAGGAAUGUAAUGGAGAACCGCGACAGUGGCGUGGCCGAUGUUGAGAUCGAUCAUCAACAGUGUAUGGACCACGUUCACAUGCACGGAGUGGUGGUGCCGCCGCCGCCGUCGUGCCCGGCGCCGGCCGCCCCGUCGCGGCUGUCGUCCAACCCGCCGCCCACCAGCAUCAUCAAGCGCAACGUGCUCAGCAACUCGCUCGUCGACAUCAACGACCCUGUGGCGCUGGCGGCGGAGCGGCUGACGCGGCGCGGGUCGGUGGGGUCGCUGGACAGCGGCAUGUCCGUCUCGUUCCAGCACGGCAGCCGCAACGCACUGCACGCCACCUCGCCGCGACACCCCACCGAGCAACGCUCGCCAGGACGUUUAUUCGGCGGCAUAUUCCCGGGACGCACACGCAAGCUCAGCGCGUCCGGCAUACCGGACCCCAAACACGGACAGGUGGGAGAGAGCACCGAAGUCUAA